CGGGGCUUAGAUGGGCAGGAAGGCGGGGCUGAAAGUUCCUACUCCCCGGAGGCAGAGAACCAGUGUGGCCUGCCUGCUGGUAAUUUGAGACAGGAGAUCCCACUGGAAUACAUCCAUAGAGAGACAAGGCCUUUGGACUUCCAGAGAGAUCCGAGGAGGCACUGGCAUGAAGCAUCACAGCUGGUGUGGGUUGACAGCCAGGAUGGGCACAGUGUUGUCAGGGGUCUUCUCCAUCAUGGCUACCCACAUGCACCUCAUCUUUGAAAGGAAACAUCUUGGGAACGGCAACUGCACGGAGAACUUCCAGGCUCAGGGCCUCAACAUACUGAGGUACUUCUUCAUCUGCUGGAGCUUCCAAAUCAUCCUCUUCACGUCCAUCAUCACCAUGAUAGCCAGCUGCUUCCUCCUGUACUCUGUGUACGCCCAGAUAUACGAGGGCCUCAUGAGCUACGUCAUCUGGAUCAUCAUCUAUGAGUCCACCAGCCUGACCGUCCAGACCCUCACCGAUGAGUUCAGUGUGGCCCUGGUCAGAGCCAUGCGAUGGUUCGGCUGGGUGUCCCGUGCCUCCCUACACUGCUUCUGGCUAUAUUUUGUCGUCACACACGCCCAGAUCAUCUACCAGAGCAAAAAACAGGGCAACAUACUCACUUACCAUAGACGUAUCUCUUUGGGAAGCGGAGACCGUCCACGGCGGAAAUCAAAGAUUAUACACUUUGUCCAGCACCACAGUGAAUAAUGGUGGCCAUUUUCCAUCCCUGGAGAUUCUCAGGGUAGUCCUAGUCCUCCACAAUGCAUCUCUCCUUUUGGGGGAAGGAUUGCUUUGGGUAUGCUAUAUCCUCUUUAGCCUCAACCCCUAGCUAUGUCUUCUGUUAUAGAUCUGACAAGUGAAACAAUAAAAAGAAA